UUUUGUAGAUGACAAAUAAACUUAUAGAAGAGAUAAACUUACUUUUUUGAUCCAAGUAAUAAAAUUUUGGAGAGAUUUGACGAUCAUGAGGAAUCAGGGUAACCGGGAACGGCGGAGCAUGGAGGCGGAGGUGGAAGCGGCGAAGAAGAGAUGCCGAGAGUUGAUAGAAAAAAUAGAUUGUUUGGACGUCGCCACCAUCAAAUCAAAUUGCAAGCACACACUCUUGAAGUUGGUCCAGUCCGAGUUCUCGUUCCUCUCCCGCUUUCCCAUUCAUCUAGCUUCUUCUCAACCUCUCAGCGUCAACCUUGGGCACCUGGAAGCCAUUGUCUACAUUCUUCAACAACCUUUUAUAACUGCAGUUUCUCGUGUUUGCAAGCCACUUCCUCUCUCAUUAUCAAGUAAACAUAAAACCCUUUCUGCUGCUGCUUCUUUGAAUUCCAUCCACGUCCAUAUUGUAUGUAAUCUCAACAAAAACCCAGUUUGGGUUAUUGUUUCUGAUAGAAACCCGAAUUACAUUACUUGGCAUUCAAAUAACAAGACCAAGGGUUUGAAGUCUAGAAUUCAACAAGUUCUUGAUGCAGCAAAGUCAACCAACACCUUAAGACCUUACUCUAUUAUCCUUUUCUUUUCAAAUGGACUCACCAUUUUUAACCAUCAGAAACUUAAGGAUGAACUUGGUGCCUCCAAGCUAGCUCUGGAAUUCUCUGACUCUGAUUUUGAUUUUGCCGAGGAAACUGAAGGUGAAUGGGUUCAUGUAAUUCCAGGGAUGUAUAAGGAGGCAUGUGUACUUGAAAUUAAGUUUGAUCAUGUUGUGAAUAAUGUCAUUAGUUCUGAGCAUGAGGUGAAAGACUCAUUUCUGAAUGUAUUUCCUCCUGAGCAUCAAGGAGAGAACGUGAAUCCUAACUUAGGCUCUAGCAAUUCUUUUUCUGCUCUUCUUUCACAAAUGAAAAAGGUGGAAUCUACUAAGAUGGAGGAUUUUUCCCAUGACGAUGAUUUUAUCAACUUUGAUACAACAGCUUUGAUAGCUAUUGUAUCAGGAAUUAGCAAUGGUUGUGCCGAGGAACUUUUGAAUAAACCAGAGGUUGAACUGCGGCAUCGAUUCAAGGGAAAUUAUGAUUUUGUGAUUGCCCAGGCAAUGUCUGAACUUCAGUACCCAAUACACGCGAACCUCAGUGCUGCUGUAUCUGGGAAGAGGGGCAUAAUAUGUGAGAGUGUUCUUUCAGAGUUCAAGGAGCUAGUAUGGAUGUGUGGAGGAGCUAAUGAGAAGCACAGAGCUGAUCAGCUCCUGAAAUGCCUCCUGGUUGUGCGAGAUAGCCCUUCAGAACGACUGAUAGGCCUGCCAACUACAAGAAAGCUAGCACUGAAAAACAAGAUUGUGUUUGGAACUGGUGAUUAUUGGCGUGCCCCAACUUUGACUGCAAAUAUGGCAUUCGUGAGAGCAGUAGCACAGACAGGGAUGUCUUUGUUUACUAUUGAGCAUAGUCCACGGGCUUUAACCGGUAACUAGCUGCACUAACCAGUCUGACAUGCCAGUAAGAAGAGAUCCAUUUUUGGUUAAAGCACUCUUGGGCUAUGUUUAUUGUUGUUACCUAUAACUUGUAUACGGUUAACCAGACUUGCUUUUUUACUAACAUUUUGGCUGUUUCAAUUAAUGAAAGGCAUAGUUAGAGAACAUUUUAAAGGAA